AUGUUCAGACGUCGCCAUUCCGUGGCGCGCGCGGCCCGCGGCGCGGUGAGCCUGCAGCGGGCCUUUCUGCGCGGCCCGCUGGGCGUGCUGCGGCUGCUGCAGCUGCUGGCGGGCGCCGCCUUCUGGAUCACCAUCGCCACCAGCCGGUACCAGGGCCCCGUGCACUUCGCGCUCUUCGUGUCCGUGCUCUUCUGGCUGCUGACCCUGGCCCUCUACUUCCUCACGCUGCUGGGCAAGCAGGAGCUGGUGCCGGUGCUGGGCUCGCGCUGGCUGGCGGUCAACGUGGCGCACGACCUGCUGGCGGCCGCGCUCUACGGCGCAGCGAUGGGCAUCAUGAUCGGGCAGACGCAGAGCCACAGCUACUGCAACCUCAAGGAUUACCAGAUGUCCUGCGCCUACCACGCCUUCCUGGCCGCAGCGGUCUGCGGCGGCCUCUGCCUCGGCCUCUACCUGCUCUCGGCGCUCUACGGAGGCUGCCGCCACUGCCAAGGCGAGCGGGAGGUGGCGUGA